UUUUCCCUAUGGGGGACCAUGGAUGAUUAACUAUAUAAAUGCAUGUAUUUCCAUUUUGAGUGAUGUAUGGUGAACAUUCUUCAACUCAGUUGGGCAAUAUUGCUUAAAAAAGAAGGAAAUUAAGGGAAAUGAUACUCACAAGUUUCCUCCCCAGAAGCUUACAAAACUCCAGCUACUAGUCCUCUCUCCCACUCAGUCAGCUCCCAGCUCAGCAAGCUCACAAAGUUUCUUUAAAAAACCCUCUUCUGGUUCUCGACUGAAUACACCAAUAUCUCUUUUGGCCAUUUCUUCAGUCAGUUAAUUAGCGAGCAGAAAUGGAGUCCACCAAGACCUGUGCUCUCUUCGUAGUUUUCUCUCUUCUAUUCCACUCAUCAUUCAUCGGUGCUUGCAACUCAUGCAAGACACCAAAGCCGAAACCUAUUCCGCCUCCGGCAUGUCCUCCGCCGGUAAAGCCAGCUUAUUGCCCUAAAGACACGCUGAAGCUAGGCGUUUGUGCUGAUUUGCUUGGACUGGUGAACAUCGUGGUGGGAACGCCUCCGACGAGCAAAUGCUGCGCUUUGAUCCAAGGCUUGUCUGAUUUGGAGGCUGCCCUUUGCCUUUGCACCGCCAUCAAAGCUAAUGUUCUUGGGAUCAACCUUAACGUCCCUGUUACUCUUAGCCUUCUCCUUAGUGCAUGCCAGAAGGAAAUCCCUCCUGGGUUCAUAUGCUGAUAGGGUUCUAAGAAAGCACGAUGGGUUCUUGUCGGCUAAAGUUUGCUCUACUUCCGUAUCCAUUACGAUGUUGCAGAUUAACGUGUCUUUGUUUUUAAAGUGUUCCUUUUGAUUA